UAAACAGACGCGAUCGAUGAAAUUUGUGUACUGUAUCGGUCUCGUUCGACUCUCGUGAUAGGGAUUUAUUAUGGAUAACACCCAAGGGAAACGCGUUGGCAAUCACGUACAUGAAUUUCAAUCACCUCUGGCAUUCACCUAGCACGUGCUCUUGCAUGACAGCCAUGACUACAUAAUUUUUAGAUCAGUCGCAAUUUUGUUUUCAGAUAGAUUUUGGUUUUUGACAUAACUCCGCAUGAAUCCCCACGUGAAAGCGAACCGAGCGAUCUUCGUCUGAUUUUUCAACAAUCUAAGCCUUGUUAUAAAAAAGGAAAGGGAUAAAUCUUUUCCUUAAACGCUAUGAAAAAAUAAUUAUUCAAAAUAACCAACAAGUCGGCUGUAUCGUGCGUUACAUCAUAACUGGUUUUUUUUCCCUCAGUGGAAUCUUAUAUACAUAACGCGCAACUGUCAAAUCGAGACAAGUGACCGUCAUGGGUUUUUAGUUGGUCGCUAGUCAACGUGCAAGCUUGACAGAGAAGAAAUUUCUGAUGCUUCAAUGCAAAAUGACUCUCUGCCAGUACAAUUCGAAUGGAUAUAAAGUCUCGGAAUGGUGGAUGUUCCUUUUCUUGUUGUACAUCGCUAGUUUGAUGGUCGGAGUCGUGUUUGUUGUGGCUGGGUUCACUUCAUCUGAUUACGGAAUGGGCGCUGUCGGGUUAGUUUUAUGUAUCGCUGGCGCAUGCUUGGCCGUUGUAUGUGACUUGCUUCGCAGAUUCGGUUGCGGUUGGAAAAAAGUGUUGGCCUCGCGAUCAACGCGUUUUGGAGACAACAGCCAAGAAAAUUCAGAAGUUGACAGCCAUUUUCCAUAUCUACCCAGGUAUCCUGGAUUUUCUACCACCGCGGUUGACACGUGUGCAGAUAAUCCACCUCCAUAUGCAGUUUGCUCGGGCGAACCGUACACAACCAGCUCUGACAUUUCUUGCUCUUGCGGAGAGUCUUAUGCGUGCCUUGAUAAUAGAAGAUUAGAAUCUUCUCACAGCACUGAUAGGAUUCCAGAGGCGACGUGUACAACAUCGGUAACUGAAAACUUACCUCGUGAUCAUGGACCAUCCAGCUUUGUACUUGAUCAGGUGGCAGGCAGAGAGCCGAGGACUCUAAAACCAUCACCACCUCCAUAUGACUUUGUUGUGGUUACCACUUUUGAUGCAUCCAGACUGUCUUGGCUACGGGACUCGCCGCCUCCUUACGCAGAAUUCGUUUAAUACUUUAAACUGAAGGCAACACCGAAAUGCCCGGCAGCUGGGAGCGCAAGAAGGCUGUAUUAUCUUAUUAUUUUAUUUUUUUUGACAAAGCCUGACGCUACACGAUGCUCAUCUGAGAUGAUAAGGCUAAAAUUUCCAAGUUAGUUAUUUUCCUUGCUUUUAGAACAAGCAUGAAGGCGUAAACGCGGGGUAAACGCGAGGCAAACCCCCCAGGGUUCUUCGUCUUGCGCGAGUUUUCCCUUCAUCCACUUGCCUCGCCCUCUAUCAGCUCGAGCUCGCCUGAAAAACGCACAAAAAAAAAAAAA